ACUUUUGAUAAACCAGUCUACGUUGGGUUUUCCGUCUUGGAAAUUUCCAAGACGUUAAUGUAUGAUUUUCAUUACAAUGUAAUGAAAGAGUACUACGGUUGCGACAUUGAACUACUCUAUAUGGAUACAGAUUCUCUAAUGUACCUGAUUAAGACCAAAGAUUUUUAUGCCGAUGUGUUGUCCAAACCGGGUUUUUUAGAAAAAUUGGAUACAUCCAAUUUUCCACCUUCACAUCCAUGUUAUAGGACAGAAAGAAAAAAAGUUCCGGGGACUUUUACAGAUGAGACCGUAGGUGACAUUAUUUGGGAACAUAUUGCACUUCGAGCAAAAUCUUAUGGUUACAUACUAAUGGGGGCCGAACACAUCAAGGCUAAGGGGGUCGCCUAUCAUGUGAUUAAAAACCACAUGACAUUUGAGGACCACAAAGACAGUUUAUAG